AUGAAAGUAAUAACACGUGAGGAAUUAUUAGUUGACAGUUGUGAUUACGAUGGUACACGAUUCCAUUUUCUUCCUAUUGAUGUUGAUGAAUCAACAGAGUAUGGAACGGGUGAUUAUGUGUUGAGAUUACAUGGAAUUUUGACGGAUGGUCGUAAAUUGAGAAUUGAUGUAUGUGGGAUUAAACCAUUUUUUGAUAUUUUGAUAAAAGAAGCUAAUGUGGAUGAAAUGAUAUCAGAGGUCGAGUCUGAAUCAUAUGAGAUGAUUCGAGCGAAGCCAAUUAAUUUUUUUUGUGAAGAUACCAAAGAAUUUAUUC